AUGGUCGAGCAUGCUCUCCGUCUGCAGCAGCCAGCUGCCGUCUCCUGGCUCGCUGCCCUCGACAAUUUGUCUGUGCCUGACCUGGACGGCGCUGCCCUGGUCAAGUGGGCGGCCAAGUAUCGUCCUGCCCUGGCCUCGCUUCUCUUGGUCGACCACCACCACCACCACCACCACCAUGUUCCGCUGUCGCCAACCCCUGCUUGUCGCGACGCACACCGCCCUCGCGCGUCCUCUGACGUCAGUGGCGAACUCGAUGGCCAAAUCAUUGCCGCUGCCCUGUUUGAGUCUCUUGCCUCAGCCGACGAGCUGCCGCUCCAGAUCCAGUCAUCGUCGCCAUCGCUGGACACUCUCAAGGCCCGACUUCAUCGCCUCGCCCAUCCAUCCAAAACCAAAUCUCACCAUCCAAACAGCCACAACCACAACCACAACUACCACCUCCACAACUACCACCUCCACCACUCCGGACACUCGUCCCAUGCCUCGCCCAAGUACCCGCUUCGGCCGUCUCGAGCAAGAAGACUCUCGUUUUCAAAACGGCUGACUCGGUUCCAUCGCCGACGGCUUUCGCAGCCCCAUGUCGACGUGCAGCCAGACUCGCAGCAAUCACCCAGCGUCCGUCCAUCACCGGUCGAGCCUGGAUCAUCCGCCUGUCAACUGACCCAAUCGUCUGGCUGCUCCGACAGCCAGCCCGCCCGGCUCCACUCUGAUGAUGCGUCUCUCCCGCCCCGCUCCCAUAGAUCCUCCACCCGUCUGCCUCCGGAGCUCUGGCACCGCGUCUUCCAGUUUGUCUAUCAGCAAAGCCAGGACCGCGAGUCCAUCCAGGCCACCCUGGCCAUGCUCUGCCAGGUCAGCCGCCUGUUUUACCAAACGGCGACGCGGUUUCUAUGGCACAAUCCGAUCUUGCAGUCCAACGAGCUGCUCAACGCAUUCCUUGGGAUCUGUCGAUCAGGGUCGCUUGCACAUGUAUCGCCCAGCAAUCACCCCGCCCGCUUUGUGCGCAUCCUGGAUCUGUCGGCCCAGUUCCUGUCGUCACCCGUUAGCUCGCCCGACCUGAUCUUGCUCGCCCAGCACAUCCCACGCCUCAACCGGCUCAAGCUCGACAUCCGGGUCAUGGAGAUGGACACGCUCGAGGCCGUGUUUGCGGCUUGCCCGGCCAUCACACACCUGGAAAUCGGAUACUUCCAGGACGAUGCCGCCAAGGUGGGCUCGGAGCCGAUCCGGGGCAGCAUCCGCGGCGCCCGCAAGGCAUAUCCGGCCCUGGCCGAGGGCCUCGGCCGCCUCGCCAAUCUCUUCAUCUUUGAUAUCGACUACGACUCGAGCCUGUCUUUCUGGGAGACGCUGCAGGCCAGCCAACCCCGUCGUCUCAGGCGAGUCGUGAUUUCGGACUGCGGCCUUCCCGAGGGCUACCUCGGCGACCUGCUCGCCAGCAUCGACCGGCUCAAGCACCUGGGCCUGUGGUACUGCGACAUUGGCCAGUCCACCCUCCUCAAGAUCCCGUCGUACUGCGGCAAGUCGCUCGAGCACCUGGAUCUCUUUGGCACCCAUGAGCUCGACGACGCCACGCUGGCCGCCAUGCUGCGUCAGCUCGGCUCGCUGAAGCAACUCGACAUCCGGUCGACCCAUGUCUCGGCCAAGGUCACCAUCGAUGCCGUCUUGUCGUCGUGCCCACAGCUGCACACCCUCUGCCUCCCGCCAUGCAACGAGUCGACCCGGCCGGUGCGAGGCAGUCUGCUCCGGUUGAUCAAGGAGCGCAACACCCGCCUCAAGGCCCUCUUCCUUUCUGGCGAGAUUGUCUCGGACCUGGUGCUCAAGUACCUUGCCGAGUAUGCCACCGGCUUGGAACAGAUCGGGCUGGCCACCAAGAAGUUCCAGUCGCUCCUCCAUGACGACGACGCCUUCUCGCCCUUGGUGUCCGACUCGGAGAUCGACAAUCAAUCGGCUCCCGACCCAGCGCCGCUCUUGGCUGAACAACAGCAGUUGCCCCAGACGGCGUUGCUGGCCAAGGCGGCCGCACCUGGCUCUGGCGACGACUCCCCAGCCGAGACAGACGAGGAGCGGCAGCUCGCCGACCGCCUCACAGCCGAGUGGGUGGCCAAGAUGAAAGGGUCCUGCCGGCAGCUCCGAGCCGUGAGUCUGCCCCGGCAGUUCAAGAGCGUCGGCGGGAGCUUCAGCUCGUUCGACAUCUUUCCCCUGCUGUAA